UCAAGCUCCUCGAUGCCCUAAUGGUCCUUUCCCUUCCCACCUUUCUCUGCCCGUUUUCACAUUUACAAAUCCGUAUCGCACACUAAAAUCAUCUUGCAAUAUCCUCGCGUGCUUCCACAGCCUGAGCGAAACCUGCCACGAUGAGCCCCUCCACACCGCACCGUAUGCUUUCCUUCGCCUCCGAUGCAGGCCAGAACGGCUCGCCUAGCAGGCUCCCCAUGCUCACCAAGCCACUGACGAAACGCAACAACAUCGUGGCAGGUAUAGGAGAGUUCGUCGGCACAUUCUUGUUCUUAUUCUUUGCCUUUGCCGGGACGCAGAUCGCCAACACCCCCCCGCCAACCCCGACAAAUGGAAGCGACACAGCUUUGCCCGAUACGUCCAACUUAAUGUUCAUCGCUCUAGCCUUCGGCCUGAGCUUGAUGGCCAAUGUUUGGGCGUUCUACCGAGUCACCGGGGGAUUAUUUAACCCUGCAGUCGCCCUCGCUCUGUUUCUAGUCGGUGGCCUUUCUGUCAUUCGUCUCAUCGUUGUCGUGAUCGCCCAAUUCCUCGGGGGCAUUGCCGCCGCAGCGGUCGUUUCAGCGCUGUUCCCGGGCCCGCUGACCGUCACGACCACGCUUGGUGGGGGCGCAAAUAUCGCACAAGGCUUGUUCAUCGAGAUGUUCCUCACCGCUCAGCUCGUUUUCGUCAUCAUCAUGCUCGCGGCCGAGAAGCACAAGUCGACGUUCUUGGCUCCAAUCGGGAUCGGGAUCACUUUCUUCUUGGCUGAACUCGUUGGUGUUUACUUCACUGGUGGCUCGUUGAACCCGGCUCGUUCCCUCGGUCCUGCGGUCGUUAACCAUAGCUUCCCUGGAUACUUUUGGAUUUAUUGGCUGGGGCCUCUUCUUGGGUCGCUCCUCGCCUGCGGCUUUUACGUCCUACUCAAGUACCUGAGGUGGAAGGAGUGCAAUCCGGGCCAGGAUUGGGAUGAUGUCGAGAAACGCGAAUCCGAGAGACAUCUCACCAGCAAGGGGUCUUCUAACCAUAGUGAUAGCCCAAACAAUGGUGCAGCCGUGGCCAACGGCGCCACAGGUGUACGGCCGGAGGCUUAACAAACUUCAUGGCGUGGUUGUUGUGGCACAGGUUUGGGGCGACGACGCUCAAGGCACCGCAGGGGAGUAUUUCCACACUAAUUAAACAAAGAAGAGCCUCUCUUGUCG